AUGUCAAGAAGACAAAAUCCAACAGAUUUCCUUCAAAAUAUUAUUGGAAAACCUGUAUUAGUUAAAUUAAACACAGGAAUUGACUAUCGUGGUAUCUUAUCAAGUUUAGAUGGCUUUAUGAAUAUUGCACUUGAGCACACUGAAGAAUAUGAAAGUGGAGUUUUAAAAAAAAAGUAUGGGGAUGCCUUUAUUCGUGGGAAUAAUGUUCUUUAUAUUAGUGCUCAAAAACCAGGUGGAUUUAGAUAA